GAUGUCAUGAAUGUGUUAUCUAUGCAGGAACUGAUAUGGGUUGUCAGAAUGGAGCCACUUGUAUCAACUCCCAGGGAAGUUUCAGUUGUCAGUGUUCAACAAAUUGGUACGGAAUUCACUGUAGGGAGCAGCAUAAUGAUUGUACCGGGGCCUCCCAUGCGGAACUAUGUGGGCAUGGGACAUGUGUCAAUGAGGACAGGGUCCUGUCUGGACAGCCCAAGUAUCGAUGUAUCUGUGAAACGGGAUGGACAAAGUCCACCUCUGGCCCAGCAUGUGACAAGGAUAUUGAUGAAUGUGAUGAAUGUGCCGAAAACAAUGGUGGAUGUUUCACUUCUCCACCGGUGGAAUGUAUCAACACUAUAGGGUCCAGAGCUUGUGGGCCAUGUCCAUCAGGUCAGUGUUGUGUCCCUGCCCUUUAG